AUGGAAGGAGCUGCAGACCGGGGGCUUGCUGGAGAUGAAUGGCCGACCAGAGACAUCGUGUACCUCGUGAUUGUCGGACCGCUUAUGCUGGCAGCGGCAUUUGAAUGGGUCCUAUGGCUAGCAGCGUUCAUUUACUGCUUGAUCAAAGUCUACCAAAAGGCAGACCAUUGGAGCAUCAGGUUUCUGGCGGUGCUGAUGAUCUUUUUAUUCACUGUACUACGCCUUGCCUUCCUUCCGGUGAUGAUUUUCACCCUACCCUUGCCAUCUCAAGUCACCCAAUACCUCCCAGAUCGAGUAUCGAUGGAUUUCCAAUGGUUUGCUUUUUGGUCCUUCUCCGCUCUUCUUGUUGGACCCUGGUCAUUCUGUGUAUAUCGACUGGUAACCCACUCCCUCGGAAGAUCAAAGAGAAUCAAAGAAGUGCUGGAUGAUCGAACAGCGCCCAAGACAGUUGUUGUGAUGCCGGUCUACAAGGAAGAUGCUGCGGUAUUGAUCAAGGCAAUCGAUUCGGUCGUUGACUGUGACUACCCGGCAUCUUGUAUUCAUGUCUUCCUCUCGUGGGAUGGUGACAUAGUGGAUGAGCCUUAUCUUCAAGUCAUCCAGCAUCUUGGAAUUUCCAUAUCGUUGAAAGUCUGUCCUCCAAGCAUCGACGUCUGCUACAAGGGUUCUCGGAUUACAGUUUCUCGUUUCAAGCAUGGAGGUAAAAGACAUUGUCAGAAACAAACAUUCAAGCUUAUCGAUAAGGUGUACAAAGAAUACCUGAAGAGACAUGACGAUCUUUUUGUUCUAUUCAUCGACUCUGACUGCAUUCUUGACCGCGUUUGCUUGCAAAACUUUAUGUACGAUAUGGAAUUGAAGCCGGGUAGUAAGCGCAACAUGCUAGCUAUGACGGGCAUCAUUACAUCCACAACGGAAAAGAACACGCUUCUCACAGUACUCCAGGACAUGGAAUACAUUCACGGGCAGCUCUUUGAGCGUUCAGUGGAGUCAGGUUGUGGUGCUGUGACCUGCCUACCGGGUGCAUUGACAAUUCUGCGAUUCUCCGCCUUUCGCAAAAUGGCCAAAUACUACUUUGCAGAUAAGGCUGAGCAGUGCGAUGAUCUCUUCGACUUUGGAAAGUGCCACUUGGGCGAAGACCGGUGGCUCACUCAUCUUUUCAUGGUCGGUGCCAAGGAACCAUAUCAGAUCCAAAUGUGUUCAGGUGCCUUUUGCAAGACCGAGGCCGUACAGACUUUCAGCAGUCUUCUGAAGCAGCGACGUCGUUGGUUCUUAGGGUUCAUUACCAAUGAAGUGUGCAUGAUCACCGAUGUCAGGUUGUGGAAGCGCUAUCCGCUGUUAUGUUUAGUUCGAUUCAUGCAAAACACCAUCCGAACCACCACCCUGUUGUUUUUCAUGAUGGCCAUUGCCUUACUUACGACCUCGAAAAGGACAGAUGAUCUGCCGGUCGGUUUCAUUGGGGUCUCUCUGGGGCUCAAUUACUUGUUGAUGUUAUACUUCGGAUUCCGUCUCAAGCGCUACAAGGCAUGGCUGUACCCGAUUAUGUUCAUCUUGAACCCUAUAUUCAACUGGAUUUACAUGAUGUAUGGCAUAUUUACUGCCGGUCAGCGUACCUGGGGAGGUCCAAGAGCAGAUGCUGCCGCUGCUGAUGAUCAAACUACUCCCGGGGAAGCAGUGGAGCAGGCUAAAAACCAAGGAGAUGAAUUCAAUGUGGACAUCCAGACUUUCCGAACAAGCCUGGUAAGACAAAAAUCUGUUCCAGUCCGUCCGUCAAGCCACGUCGAAGGGCGCUUUGCCCCCUCUGAGCAGGUUCUGGAUGGGGUCUACAUCAAUACUCAUGAAGAUGACCUUGGUACACUUCAGCAACAGAAAACACUAGAAGAGGCCCCUCGAUUUCAUCCACCUGAUGCAUUCCGAGACUCAUUGGAAUCAGUCUUUACAGCAUCUUCCGAAGGCAUGUCAAACCACGCUCCAACAACCCACAAUGUUGAGAGCUUAAUAAGUGAAGAAGACCAGCAGAAGCUAUACUAUGCCCGUCAAGCACGGCUAUCAACCAGUCUGCCGAUCAUGGAGGAAAGUGAGAAAGAUAUCGAUCCCAACUUUGACGGAAAUGGGCCCACUGACCCGGAGCCUAUUUUGUUGAAUUCUGGUGCGUUGAGCUUUCCUGCCAUUACCGUUCAUCCCGAAGAUCGCCGGUACUCCUUGGAAGAAUCCAUUCUACCCGACCCUCGUGAAAGCAUGGAGCAUCAGAGACCGCCGAGGCAUAUGCACAGGGAAUCACGAUCUCUUGAUCUGCCGCAGGACAUGGUCUGA